AUGUGGCAGAAGCUGAGGCUAGUGCUCUGGGCGGUUUGCGCGCUGUCAGAGGCGCGCAUAUUCGAGGCUCACAUGCCCGAAGUCCUGCCUGAGACCCGCGAGUGGCGCCGCGCGCACACGACCAACCCCGACGUGUCGGAGGUCGGCGACUUCUCGAAAGAUGCGUGCCUGACCCAGAUCGGCGGAGCCCAGCUCCGUGAUGCGCCGGUUUGGCAGUGCUGCCGGGGAGAUGCCACACACAACUGUUGGGAAGAUGACUAUAGCUUCGAGGAGUGCUGCCCCAAUGCUGAUUGUUGGGACGGGGAUGCCUUCACCUACGCCGAAUGCUGUUGGUCAGGGGAAUACGACUACGAGCACUGCUGCCUGGCCAAUCGGAGCUCAAGCUGGGUAGACGUCCUGGUGCGCGAGAUCGACACGGAGGGGGCGGUUUUGUAUGGCAGCGACUUUGGCUACUACUCCACGGGACGCGUCCUUGGCCAAAGCGAUGGCAAGAGCACGCAGGAGUUCGCUCACUUCACGACCUAUCCCAUGGCACUCUCCCCGCACUUCGGCCGCGUGUUGUGCCGCCUUGUCUUCAUCAUGUGGCUCCACAUGGAGGAGAGAGCGCCAUUCCGAGUUGUUGAAAUGGGCGCAGGCGACUUGGCAAUCAAUCGCACAUGA